AUGGUGCAGGGCACCAGCGCUGCGCGCGCGUUCAGCGUCAUGCAGGAGCUACAGCAGUUGCGGGACAAGGUCGGCGGUCUGUCCGAGAAGAAUCGCCAAUUGGCCAAGGCGCUGACUGCAACCAAGCAGGAACUUACGAGAGCCCGAGCAGCGCAGACCGCUGUGUUCUCAAGCAAAGUUGUCGAGUGGAUGGAUGCCCGACACAAGCCUGUCGAAGAUACCGGUACGACUGAAAAUGCUGCUUCUGCACCGAGACGGCUGCGUCGACGAGAUGCUAGCGUCUCGUAUGUCGAACCAAAGUUGAAUACGAAGCUCCGGCGGGGAGACUACUACGGCUUAGGCAAGCGGACAGGCCAGCAGCGCAAGACCCACCACCCCCGAACGUCGCCACGUCGCGUGAUUUCUGAACCUCGCCGCGCCACGUCGGCGUUUGUGCCCGCGCCGUUCGCGCAGCAACGCAGCCCGUUCCGCAGACGCACCAUGAGGCCCGUCCAGCGUGUCUCGUACGCCGAGCCCAAGCUCAACACGAAGCUCCGACAGCAAGGAGGCAACAUGGGCUGCGUCAAUUCCAAGCCGGACCAGGAUGUCGUGAACGGGAGCGCGCAGGUGGACGCCAACGGCGAGAACAACGCCACGGCUAACGGCAAGCCCGCGCCGGCGGCCACGAACCCCAACAGCUUCGAGGAGCAGUACUCGCUGGGCAAGGUCAUCGGCUCGGGCACCUUCUCGGUCGUGCGCAUUGCCAUCCACAAGCCCACGGGCCAGCGCUACGCCAUCAAGUGCAUCAAGCGCGAGGGCCUUGUGGCGGAGGACAUUGAGGCGUUGACAACCGAAGUCGCUAUUCUCAAGCAGAUGAACCACCCGAACAUUAUGAUUCUGCACGACUUCUUCGUCGAGGAGAAGUUCUACUACUUGGUGACGGAGUACAUGGAGGGCGGCGAGCUCUUUGACCGAAUCGUCGAGAAGUCGUACUACAACGAGAGGGAAGCUCGCGACCUGGUGAAGCUGCUUCUUGAGGCCAUCAAGUACUGCCACGACGCCAACAUCGUGCACCGUGACCUGAAGCCCGAGAACCUGCUGCUGACCAGCAAGGACGACGACGCGUCCAUCAAGCUGGCAGACUUUGGUUUCGCAAAGAGGAUCGAGUUCGACAGCGAGGGCCUCGUCACAGCCUGCGGCACCCCCGGCUACGUCGCUCCGGAGAUCCUGGAGGGCAAGCCGUACGGCAAGGCCGUGGACAUCUGGAGUAUCGGUGUCAUCACGUACAUCCUGCUGUGCGGUUACCCUCCGUUCCACGACGACAACCACAACGCGCUGUUCAAGAAGAUCAAGAAGGGCAAGUUCCAGUUCGACUCGCCGUACUGGGACCACGUCUCGGACGACGCCAAGGACCUCAUCUCGCACAUGCUCAUCGUGGACCCGGAGAAGCGGGCGACGGUGGACCAGCUGCUGUCUCACCGCUGGGUCACGGGCACGGAGCUGGCCACGGUGCAGCUCACGAGCGCGCUGGAGGAGCUGCGUCGCUUCAACGCGCGCCGCAAGUUCAAGGCCGCCGUCAGCACCGUGUCCACGACCGUGGGCUUCAGCAAGAAGUACAGCAAGUCGUACAGCCAGCCGCAGUCGGACGAGGCCGCCGACCCCGACCUCGACAACGUGCCCGAGGUCUCGCCCGAGACGCUGGACCUGGACCUGGACGGCAACAAGGCCGACUAA